GGAACAAAACAAACUUUGACAAAUUCCUUUCCCUCUUUUUCUACCACUUUCUUGAACAUUCUUUGUCAAUUCCUAAAAUAGCCAAACUAUUUUGAAUCAAAACACCACCUAUAAAAAGGAUAUUGGUCUCAAACUCAGUGCAAGAAACCACUGAAAUUCCGAGGCACAAAACUUCUAGGAAAAGAUGGCAAAAGCACACAUAGUUGGAGUAGCUAUGGACUUCUCUCCUACCAGCAAAUUAGCACUUAGAUGGGCUGUUGAUAAUCUGAUCAACAAAAAUGAUCAAAUCAUCAUGAUCAAUGUUCAGCCUCCCUCAGCUGAUCAUACUAGAAAGGAGCUUUUUGAGGACACUGGAUCACCUUUGGUGCCUCUAGAGGAAUUAAGAGAGAUAAACUUCACAAAGCAAUAUGGGAUUGCUAAGGAUCCUGAAGUCAUAGAUAUUCUUGAAACUGCUUCAAAAAUCAAAGGGCAGGCAAAGGUAGUGGCAAAGGUGUACUGGGGAGAUCCAAGGGAGAAAUUGUGCAAUGCUGUGGAAGAUCUUCAUCUGGACUCAUUGGUUAUUGGAAGCAGGGGUUUAGGUACCAUUAAAAGUGUGUUGUUAGGCAGUGUUAGCAAGCAUGUGGUAACAAAUGCUUCUUGCCCGGUUACUGUAGUCAAGGGAAUGCAAUCUUCCAAGUCUAGGCAUUGAUUUGAUAUGAUUAUUAUUAAUAUUUACUUUGGGUUUGUUUACAUAUGAAAAUAAAUAAAUCACUUAAAGUACUGUACCCUUUGAAAUGCUUUGGCUAGCUUGAAUAAUUGUCUUUUGGCAUGGUUUGUUAUGAAUAUAAAUUUGAGUAACCAUCAUUAUUCAUUA